AUGUUCCAAUCGACGAGCAGUAGUGGCUACAGCAAUGGCUAUCACGACGAUGGUGGUAGUGGCGGCGGUGCUCAAGUGGCCGGGCAUAGACUCCGGAGGGGUAGGCGCAGCAGGUCACGCGACCAUGGCAGUGUUACAAAUCUUAGGGUUUCUACUAGGAUGAUCCAACAGCAGCAGGAGGAGAUGGGUACGGAUAAGGCUCCCACUCCCUGUACGGACUUCGACAUGGCAUACUUUAACUCCUACGCUCACCUCGGUAUUCACGAAGAAAUGAUCAAGGAUCGUGCGCGUACAGAAAGUUACAGAAAUGCAAUUUUCCUGCAUCAAGAUCGUAUAGCGGGAAAAGUAGUAGUUGAUGUUGGUUGUGGCACGGGCAUUCUUUCAAUAUUUUGUGCUCGGGCUGGUGCAAAACGAGUGUAUGCAGUGGAUGCCAGUAAUAUUGCAGUUCAGGCAAAUGAAGUUGUAAAGGCAAACAACUUAUCCGAUACAGUCAUUGUUUUGCAUGGGCGUGUUGAGGAUGUUGAAAUUGAUGAAGAAGUUGAUGUUAUAGUUUCAGAAUGGAUGGGUUACAUGCUUCUCUAUGAGAGUAUGCUGGGGAGUGUCAUUACCGCCCGAGAACGUUGGUUGAAACCUGGGGGUCUUAUUCUUCCUUCAACUGCUACGCUGUACAUGGCGCCUGUCACCCAUCCAGACCGAUAUAGUGAAAGCGUCGACUUCUGGCGCAAUGUAUAUGGAAUUGAUAUGUCUGCCAUGCUGCCAUUAGCGAAACAGUGUGCUUUUGAAGAGCCUUCGGUUGAGACAAUCAGUGGAGAAAAUGUUUUGACUUGGCCUCAUGUGGUAAAACAGGUUGACUGUUAUACAGUUACCCUUCACGAGCUAGAGUCUGUUUCCACUAGAUUUAAGUUUAAAUCAAUGAUGCGAGCACCAUUUCAUGGGUUUGCUUUCUGGUUUGAUGUGGAGUUUGGUAUACCUGCAAUAUUCCCUUCCAAUAACAAUACAAGAGCUGCAUUCGUUGAGACUCCUAAUAAUCAUGAUAUAGAUGGUAAUCAAAGAAAGAAGCGGGCCAAUCCCAAUGAAGCCCUUGUGUUGUCAACAGCACCUGAGGAUCCUCCAACGCAUUGGCAACAGACGUUGAUCUACUUCUAUGAUCCAAUAGAGGUGGAGCAAGAUCAAGUUAUUGAAGGUUCUGUAACAUUGUCACAAAGCAAAGAAAAUCCUCGGUUCAUGAAUAUUCAUCUAGAAUAUGCAUCCAAUGGUCGUCAUUUUGUCAAAGAGUCUGUUAUGCGAUAA